CGCGUUUCCGUAGCCACGAGGGCCCCAGUAUAGCAAUUCUUGUUUGUUCUUCGAACUUCGGCUUCUCAAUCAAGUCUGUGGUUGCCUGCCAUGUUGUGGGUCGCCUGCGCUGUCUCCCUCAGCUGUCUUAGCUGCUCUGUCUUCUUGGUUGGAGGCGAGCGCAUUCACCGCGUGGGAUUGGAUCUGAAGCAGCUGCCAGAGCAGCAGCAGCAGCGGCUGGAGCAGCAGUUGCCCCUUUUGUGGAAGCAGCCCGAGCAGCAGCUGCCUCAUGGCAACGACACCAGCAUGAGUUGGAUGGAGGUUGAAGCAAACACCUCGAGCUCGAUACCGUGGGUUAUCCAGCAGGCUGUAACUGCAUUGGUCCAAAGUUCACCGAGCGGAGUCAUCAUUGGUCUGUUCCGUUCACAGGUGUUCAAUGAUGCGUUGGCCACAUUCUUGCAAGAAUCGAGCUUUCUAGAGCAGAUGCUCUUGCGCGAUGACCUUCUAACUGAGGCGCUGUGCGGAGCAAAGGCCGUUUCGAAAUUGCAGGCUGGAUGGAAAAGUCACCGGGUGCCGACUGGCCUUUGGGAGCUUCGCAUCAGAAAGAUGAGUUGUGGAGAAGAUUGCGUGUCCGCGCUAAAGUCAGAAGUAGAGCGCAGACACUCGGCUAGCAAUGCAACUUUCGCCAAUGGUUGCAUUGACAUGCCCAAGCUACUCGCCAGUGACGGAAUGACGGCGCUGUUCUUGAAAGAGCUUUCUGCGAGCCCUGGGCUUGCGAAGGGCUUGACUCCCGAGAGAAUGUCGAGCUCUUUCGGGCAGAUGGAGAUCAAAGCGUAUCCAAAAGUGCUGCAUGGGUAUCCGAAGUCAGUCAGAAUAAACGUGCGCAACCUGAGAAUGAAAACUGGUUACCACAAGGAGUUGCACCCGUUGCCAUCAACGAUAGCAGGCAUCAUCGACAAAAUGGCUCCCGAAGCCCUCAAACAAUUUUUGAGCGGAACCUUGUCUGGGUUCAUCCCAGCGCUCGUGAGCGACGCUGUUAUGCUCGCCCCUGAGUUCCCGAUGGUGCUCAACGCAGCAUUGGAUCAGGCAAAGAUGGACAUGUGGGUUGAACACGUGGUGAGCGCAAGCGGCGACAUCAAGUUCUUGACUGAUCAACACAGGCGCUGUGACACUUGCCCCGACAUACCGAGGCAAUCAUGCAAGCUGCAUGAGAGCCUGUCGACUAUCAACGCGACUUGAACUAUACCACCCGCGUCUACUUUUGCAGACGAGAACAUGGAAACAGUACAACAUGGUGGUGCAUGGCACCCCGUAGUCUUGCAUGACCCUCCCAGGAGCCUCUCCGGGCCCUACCAUGAGCUUCUGAGGACCCCCAUCAAGAGCCUUUCGGGAGCCCCUGAAGAGCCUCUCAAGAGCCUCUCUCAGGAGUCGCUCUCUAUCCUCUCGGAGCCGCCUCAGUUUGCUUUGUUGGGACCAUU